AUGGCAGCCGCAGCGCUCACUCAUGCCGCGUGGGAGCCAAGUGUCGGCUUCAAGCCGCAAUUCACACCCGAGGGCGAGCCCGAUUACAGCCACUGGAUCAACUCCGUGCAUUGGAGCUCAAGGCGGAUGCUUCUCUCGAGAGAAGGGACCGCGUCAAGCCUCUACAGCGGCACGGGCAGAGUGUACCUUCCAAGUGCAGUUGGCACGAGGAAUAUGCCUAGGGACGUCUACCCAUACACCUUGAGGAUUGCUGACAGAGAUCUGCCUACCAUAGAGGGCCAGUUAGCCUUGCUCUGGCACGUCAUCCUGUACGAGGACAGGACAGGCAGAACGAUCCUCAGCAGUUCUCAGCGCUGGGACUUCUACUUCGUGACGCCCCUUUUGGGGUGCCUCUCGGUUGAGGAGCUGUACAAGUUCACUCUCACCACCCAGCAGGUAACGAGAGAACAGAACACUCCUUAUAGCAGCACGGUCAGCGCCUCCAAGGCAUUCUCUGCUGUGCAGACAAACGCCGUUUGGUUUGCCGCCUUCAUGCUCACCAACUCCAAGGGAAGGUUUUUCACCUACGUCCGUCCAGCUCCAUGCUCGCCCACAGGCGAGGAGGCGCUGGGUAUGGAAAUCACCCUGGGAAUGGCAGGUCGCCUGGGAUAUGUUUUCCACGCCACCGAGAAGUGGAACCACGACAACAUCCUCAAGCAGGGGUUAAUCACGGACGCUGGAAGGCCAGGUGAAAAGAGGGAUCCGCGGUGCGCUGUGCACUUCACCUACGCUGGUGGGGAGGAGGCCCCAAGGGCUGGCACUGUCAUCCGCUACGGCUCGAAUGUCAUCUAUGUCGUGUUGGACCUCUACCAGGCCAUUUCAGACGGGUGCAAGUUCUACCUGUCCGAUAACGGUGUGAUCCUGAGCUUCCAGAGUGUGCCACCAUUUCACCUGGAGGCCCCCUCACGAGAAGGCCCAACCACGGUUGGGGAAGUGCCCCACUUUGAUCUCACUUCCCUUCGAGAGAUCAUUGAAGAGGAGGAGAAGAGGCAUGUUCAGCAGUCAGACCUGAUCCGACAGCUUAGGGCCAAUCCUUGGACGCUGUUCUACAAAGGCACCAUUGCCUUGAUGGAGGACAAUGAGCGCAAGGCUCUUUGGUUGCACAAUCCUCUGAGUGGAUACCCGGUUCUCUUCUUCCUGGAGGCAUUCAGACUGGGGAAGAUAGCCGCCAAUGUGCUCAUUGACUUUCAGUUGAAGGUCUCUCACUAUGACCAUCAUACUCCACAUUGGGACGCGGACUACUUCACCGAGCUCAGAUCUAAGGCCGAGUCAGUCUUCACCCCUGGAAUUCUUUACGGGAGAGCAAAGCCUGAGGUCACAGAUGAGCGAAAUCGAAUGCCAGUUGAAGGCACAGAGAACUACGCUGAGAAGCUCGCAGAGUACCAGGCAUUUCGGCACGAGCUGAUGGUGGCCCAGGAGCUCAUCAACAUUCAGAGCGAUUUCGUCAACCUCUACGACAUGUUCGUGGAACUCUAUGGCAGUGACUUCUUCUUGUACAUGAAGGAGAAUCGUGACAACCAAGCACUUCGGAACAAGUUUGUUGUGCGCGCACAGGACAAUAGUGAGCAUAGAGAUUGCUCAUUGAGGCUCCCGUUUGAGCCCAAACUCAUCCUGAAGAAAAUCGAACGCACCGUCGCUUCGUACCCAGAGCGGAAGUUCCUCUCUCGCUUCGCUUCCAAGGCCGUUCAGGACUUGCAGCAGUAUGUGCAGAUUCGCCAGUCCGAGGAGGCAUUCGUCGACUACUACCUUGGCAUUCCUGUGGAAGAUUUUGAGCUUGAGAGAACCUUCGAGAACAAUGAAGGAACCAUCAAAAUCGAGGAGGUCAUCGAGGUCGAUGAAUCCUGGGGAAGCUCAACACGAGUUGAGGAACCCAAGGUGGCGCCUUCCUCUCUGGAUGCAACAAUGGAAGAGGAAGCGGGCUCUGCUACAGCAGAGGGACCACCACCAUCUUCCGAAGCGCACAUCAAAGAAGAGCCAAUGCCCGAUGCGACCGAAGAGGUCAAGGAGCCAGAUCCCGAAGUCCAGUUGAAGGUCGAGGAAGGUGACUUCAAGGUGGAGGAGGAGUCCUCUACGCCAAUGGUCACCACUGGGGAAACAGAGGGAAGCUCACUUCCAAGUGAGGCACCCUCGGGAACGUCCCAAGGCCUGUGGGGUAAUGUACAGACUGUUAUUACUCCGCAGGAUCUCCAAGAGAUCACUCAGCAGAAUGAGGAUGCUCUUCGAUCCUUCGCCGACAAAAAGGAAGAGGCGACCCUGGAGCAGUUGCCCGAGUACCAGCGCUUCAUUGAUGAGCUGGAGAGGGUUGAAAAGGGUUCGCCCAUCUACAUCCUCAGUCGGCAGAAGUAUGGAGAAAGUGAUGGCAUUCUCCAUGGUGGUCUUCGGGCGCAGUCGGCUCAGAACCGAUUUCGACUCCAGCAUAUGAGCUGGAGGGAUAGAGCGGCUCCUGCUCGGUCAAAUUGGAAGUUCCAGGUUCCAGAAGUGCCCUUCUUCGAGACAAUGGCGACGAUGCCACCGUUGUGGGAGUUUCGUCCUGCAGCAAAACAAGUGGCUUUCAAGAGCAUUGAUGUGAGGAGCACUUUUUCGACUGAUGCACUUGAGAGAUCAUACAAUGCCCAUGUUGCCAUUGCGGAGAAGGAGGCGCUGUUGAUGGAGUCACUGGCAAAAACCAAUGCUACGAGAGGUGAUCUUCUGAACACUCUUCUUCGGCACUUUCUGGCCUGUGGAAGUCUCGAAACCACGAGCUUGGGAAGCUCAGCCUUUGCUGAGGAACCCGAUCCAAUGGCAGAGAUGACGCAUUUGGCCACCUCCAGAGUAGGUCUUAGCGUGAUGGUUGCCAACUUGGGGAACUUCGCGAGGGGCAGAAAGGGCACACUUCCUCCAAAGUAUGCCGACCUCAUCUCGGAUUACUCCGAUGGAAGCUCCAUCAUUGUGAAGUUCCUCUCUCACUCCAAGGCACAUGUUAUUCUGCUGCAGGAGAACAACAUGACGAGAGAAGAGUUGGACUACUUCAGGUCCAAGGGCUGGUUGUUCCGAACAAAUGAGGCAGGAGAUCUCCUCACUGCUGUCAGAGGAAACACCAAGGGCAAGAACAAGGUCAGCUUCAAGCACCUUGCUGGUCCGGUCCUCAAAGACCCUGCGUAUGCCUGGAUUCCCAUCAGAUAUGAGAUCGUCCAGAUCAACUUUGGAAGUACCAUUCCUCGAGAGAGAAUGGAACAAGAAGACCUGGUUGAUCGAGUGGAGUCCGCCUUCGAGGAGGCCGAGUUCAAGGAAGAUCUCACGCGUGCAGGCAUGAAGUCAAUUCGUGUCUGCAACUUCCACGUUCGAAGUGAAAUCGCACGCUCUAAGCCCGGCUUCUUGGCCGAGGGACUAGCUGCGAUGGUCGCUGACUGUUUCCACUACCAAGUGGAUCUGAUGGGCGGAGAUGGCAACAUGUCAUGCUACCGAUUCGGAGGUAGCCAACAGGGGUCAGUGUCACACGACGCCUUCGAGAAGCACCAACGUCAGGACAGGUUGUUGAUCCCAAGGACACGCGUCGUGACUUCGAACCCUCUACAUCUUCUCAAACUCUACGAGGAGAAGCUUGGGUUCCCUACGGCGAUGUGGGCCACCUAG